AUGGAUAACGAGGCUAUCGUAGAUGUCAGAACGAGUAUAAAUGCUUUAUACAUGUUAUUCUGUAUCGCUCUACUACCACUAGUCAUCAUCGGAAUAGCCUUCUUUUAUUCCGGUCUAACUCAAAGACGAUCAUCUUUAACUAUGUUUGCAGUGCCGAUGUUAGUUACACCCCUAAUAUUUAUAGAUUGGUUUAUAUGGGGAUAUUCAUUCUGUUAUAGUGCAUCUUCAAAUCAUUUUAUUGGAAAUUUGGGAUUUUCAGUAUUAAGACAAUUAGAAACAAAUAUAACCAUGACAUUUACAAAUAGUAGAGGAGAAAUCUUAUUUUUAAACCAUUUUUUAUUUAAUGGAUUGUUUAAAAUCAUAUGCGCAGGUUUAGCAUUUCCUGGAUGUAUUGCUGAAAGAGGGAGAAUCUUACCUAUGUUGGUUUUCUUAUUUUUUUGGUCGAUAAUGAUUUAUAAUCCGGUAACAUAUUGGUUUUGGAAUUCAAAUGGUUGGUUAUCUAUAGAUUUGGGUAGCUUACCAGUUCUUGAUUUCGCUGGGGGCAAUUGUAUUCAUAUAGUCAGUGGAUUUACAUGUUUGGCAUAUUCAUAUAUUCUUGGUCCAAGAAAUCCAAAGAUAUUGUAUAAUUAUAGAAAUAUUAAUACUGGACAUAUCAUCAUUGGUACAUUCUGUGUUAUGUGUGGUUGGGUCGGUUUCAUUGCUGGAUGUGAUUUCAAAUUCUCAUAUAAUUCAUUAUAUAUUAUUGUCAACACCAUCCUUGCCGCAUUGUCAAGUACCAUAAUUUGGACCUCAAUCGAUUACUUCUUCUCAUCAAUUCCAUUAGAAGGCGCAGAAGAAAAGAUUGCAUCCAUCGCCCAACAACAACAGCAACAACAACAACAAAAUGAACAAAUAGAUAUGAUAUUAUCACAAGCCGGAUCUGGAAAUUCCCCAAUUGUGCCCGUCUUAUCAGAAACCGGUGUCCUACUUUCCCAACGAUAUCAUCAAACAAAAUCCAACUUCAUAUCCCGACGCAAAUUCUCCAUGAUUUCUUUCUCAUCAGGAAUCAUGACCGGAUUGGUAGUAUACACCCCUGGUGGGGGAUAUGUUGCCGGCCCCGGACAAUUCUGGAAAGCGAUAGUAUUUGGAGUUGUCGGUGCUAUUAUUUGUAAUCUUUCCACUCGAUUGAAAUAUUUUUUUAAGAUUGAUGAUGCUUUGGAUAUAUUUGCCAUACAUGGAAUUGCUGGGAUUGUUGGAUCACUCUUAACUGGUCUUUUUGCAAAUACUCAAUAUAAUUCUGACGGUGGUUGGGUGGUUCAUAAUUGGAUUCAAUUCGGAUAUCAACUCCUUGGAGUCACCAUUACUUCUUCAUAUGUCUUUAUUAUGACUUGCGUGUUCUUAUAUGUUAUCGAUUUGAUCCCAGGACUUCAUUUAAGAAUAGAUAAAGAUUUUAAUCGAAGAGAACGAAAACGGAAAUCCCAAGAAACUGAAUUAGAAGCAGCUGCUGGUACUGGUGUUCCUGCUACUGUAAUGGCAUUUCCUCAUACUCAAUCCCAACCAGAAUCCCAAAAAUCACCUUUACCGGAAGAAAUAUGUUUUUGGGAACAGGUGGAAUUAUUGGGUACGGACAGUUAUGAAUUCAAUGGGGAAUAUAUGAUGGAUUUCAUUGAGUUUAUAAAAGUGAUCAGACCUCAAGAUUAUGAGGAUGAGAAUACUUAUGAUGAGAUUGAUGCCGUGGUGGAUCCAAUGAGAAAUAGAAGUGGGACAUCGGGGAAUCUUCAAACAGAUGGUGCUGGUGGGAAUUUGAAUACUGGAAUGUUUGGUGAUUAUGAAAUGCAUCAUGAAGGAGUGAAUCAUUUGAUAAAACGAGAGUAA